GGGCAGCCAGGGCAGCCAGGACGGCACCCAGGGAGCUGCCCCAUGGACAGGGCCCCACAGAGACACCACCGAGCCUCCCGGGAGCUACUGGCUGCAAAGAAGACCCAUACUUGACUGCAUCAGAAUGACGUUCUAAAGGUACCCUGGGUGUCAGGAAGACACAAGAACGAGCUCGGUGAACUGCAGGGUAGCUCAGAGCACAAAUUGAAGUAAUCCCUUGCAAAAUCUGUGGGGACAAGUCGUCGGGGAUCCACUACGGGGUCAUCACCUGCGAGGGGUGCAAGGGCUUCUUCCGCCGGAGCCAGCAGUGCAACGUGGCCUACUCCUGCUCCCGGCAGCAGAACUGCCCCAUCGACCGCGCCAGCCGCAACCGAUGCCAACACUGCCGCCUGCAGAAGUGCCUGGCGCUGGGCAUGUCCCGAGACGCCGUCAAGUUCGGCCGCAUGUCCAAGAAACAGAGGGACAGCCUCCACGCAGAAGUGCAGAAGCAACUGCAGCAGCAGCAGCAGCAGCAACGGGAACAAGUGACCAAGACCCCUCCAGCAGGGGGUCGUGGAGCGGAUGCCCUCACCUACACCUCGGGGAUCCCGGAUGGACAGCUGCCUCUUGGCGCUUCACCUGACCUGCCUGAGGCCUCCGCCUGUCCCCCUGGCCUCCUGAGAGCCUCUGGCUCUGGGCCAUCGUAUUCCAACCACUUGGUCAAGGCAGAGCUCAGUGGGGCCUCCUUCCACCUUGAGUACAGCCCAGAGCAGGGCAAGGCGGAGGGCGGAGAGGGCAUCUACAGCACAAGCAGCCAGCUGGCCCCUGGCAGAUGCGGACUUCAUUUUGAGGGACCCAGGCAUCCUGGGCUUGGGGAGCCAGGACAGGGUCCAGAUGGCUACUACAGCCCCAGUUUCCACAGCAUCCCAGAGGCACCAUAUGCCUCCCUGACGGAGAUAGAGCACUUGGCACAGAAUGUCUGUAAGUCCUAUCGAGAGACCUGCCAGCUACGGCUGGAGGACCUGCUGCGGCAGCGCACCAGCCUCUUCUCCAGGGAGGAGGUGACCAGCUACCAGAGGAAGUCGAUGUGGGAGAUGUGGGAGCACUGUGCCCACCGUCUCACUGAGGCCAUUCAGUAUGUGGUGGAGUUCGCCAAGAGGCUCUCGGGCUUUAUGGAGCUCUGCCAGAAUGACCAGAUCGUCCUGCUGAAAGCAGGAGCAAUGGAAGUCGUGUUGGUCAGGAUGUGCCGAGCCUACAAUGCUGAGAACCACACAGUCUUUUUUGAAGGCAAAUACGGUGGCGUGGAGCUGUUCCGAGCCUUGGGCUGCAGCGAGCUCAUCAGCUCCAUCUUUGACUUCUCCCACUCCCUCAGUGCCUUGCGCUUUUCUGAGGACGAGAUUGCCCUCUACACAGCCCUUGUUCUCAUCAAUGCCAAUCGGCCAGGGCUCCAAGACAAAAGGAAAGUAGAACAGCUGCAGUACAAUCUGGAGCUGGCCUUUCAUCACCAUCUCUGCAAGACUCAUCGCCAAGGCAUCCUGGCAAAGCUGCCACCCAAGGGGAAGCUCCGGAGCCUGUGCAGCCAGCACGUGGAGAAGCUGCAGGUCUUCCAGCACCUCCACCCCAUCGUGGUCCAAGCUGCUUUCCCCCCCCUCUACAAGGAGCUCUUCAGCACUGAAACCGAGUCCCCCGAAGGGCUGUCCGAGUGACCUGAACAAGGAUGCCUUUCCUCUCCCUUCAGCCUCUGCUAGCCACCCCCCCGACGGACCUGGGUCCACUCUCAGUCUUUCUCUCCCCAUGUCUCUGGAGGGCGGUCCCCAGCAGUUCUCUGGGAAUGAGCAAAUACUGAGACUGAUUUUCUACCCCCAGAUUUACCUGGCAGUGGGUCACCAGCCAGAGGCGGGAGGUGGAAGAACCCAGCCUUGGCCCUGUUCUGUCCCAUUUCCCACCCCCUCCACCCGUCUUCUGGGAGUAUGGGGUGGACGGGAUAUAAGGACCUCUAGGAAGACCAAGGUGUCCUCGAGAAAACAGGGAAUCCAGGGCGCCCUGGAUGAGAAGAACUCAACUCUGGGCUCAGAAGCUAAGAAUAGGCCUUUGAAAUACCUCAUUGCAUUUCCCCCGUGAGCUUCGGCUGGGGGAGAUGGAUCAAGCUCAGAGACUUAGUGGCAAGAGCCCAGAAGGACCUGUAGAUAACAUGAAUCUGGACCCUUAAA